AUGAAGCGCUACGAAUAUGAGGACAAAGGAAAGAAGCGACUUCCUGAGACGUUGACGGAGACCAUCGGCGGGGUAUGGGGCGACACAAAAAUUGUUAGGGUUUCACGAACAACGGAGAAAAGCGACGACUCAGACCCGCUCCUUGAAUUUUAUGACGACGAAAUUAACGACCAGCAGAAACAAGAGGUCGAGCUUGCGUUGAUGCUUAAUCCAAAGAAUAAGGACGCGGGAGAUAGUUGGGCGGAGGGACAAAUGGUUGCGGGAGGUGUCAAAAGAGCAGAGAAGAGUGGAGUUAUAGAGGAAGAAGAGGAAGUCCAAAUUUUGGUCAAAAAGAUUAUCCCACAGUUCAUGGAAGGGAUGCAAGGAAGGUUACAACAAGCUUCUGUUGUUGUACCACUUAAGGACGCGACGUCGGAUAUAGCAAAACUCUCAAAGACAGGCAGCGAGACGUUAAUCAAAUUUCGUGAACGAAAAGAGAAGGAAAAGGGGAGUAAAAAGGUGUUAGAGAGUGACACUGCUUUAUCGAAACUGCACGAGACACAUGGGAAUACCACUUCAAUCCAAACAGACAAAAGUUUGAAAAGUGACUCAAAAACGCAUCAAAAAGACGAGGAAGACCCCUUUGUGGUGCGCGCGAAGAUCAAAAAGGUGCGGGAAGAAUUACCAAUACAUAAGAAGCGGAUGGACAUUAUUAACACGAUUCGUGAGAAUCAAGCCGUUAUUAUAGUUGGUGAGACGGGGUCAGGCAAAACAACACAAAUAGUCCAAUACCUUUAUGAGAGUGGGUUUGGUAAAAAAGGAAUCAUCGGCUGUACACAACCGCGACGAGUCGCUGCAGUGAGUGUGUGUGAGCGUGUGAGUGUUGAAAUGAGUAGUACGGUAGGUUCAUUAGUAGGAUACACCAUUCGGUUUGAGGACAAGACGUCGCCCAAGACGCGAGUGAAGUUUAUGACGGACGGGAUUCUGUUACGGGAAAUAGUGACGGACCCCUUUCUUGAUAAGUACAGUGUUAUUAUCAUGGAUGAAGCCCAUGAAAGAAGUUUGAAUACUGACAUCCUCUUUGGAGUCUUAAAACGAGUUCUUCGUGAGAGAAGUGAUAUCCGUUUAGUCAUAACAUCAGCUACGAUAGAUGAGAACAAACUGUCGAACUUCUUUGGGAGGAUUCCCGUCUUACAUAUUGAAGGGAGGACCUUUCCAGUGAAAGUGAAUUACAUGCGGUCGUCCCCAAGUGAUUAUAUAGAGACUGCGACACGAGAGAUCAUCAGUAUACACACGCAUCAAGGUCCGGGGGAUAUCUUAGUGUUCAUGACUGGACAAGAAGACAUCGAAAUCACAUGUGAGAUAGUAAGAGAGAAGUUACGCGAUCUAGGAAAGAAAGUGGAAAAGCCCUUAGAAGUCAUUCCUAUUUAUAGUCAACUCUCGUCGGAGGCGCAAAAGAAGAUCUUUGAGGAAAGUGAGAACCGGAAAGUGAUUGUUGCGACGAAUAUAGCAGAAACCUCCUUGACGGUCAAUGGAGUCCGCUUUGUCAUCGACUCGGGUCUUGGGAAAUGGAAGGUGUACAACCCGAAGAUCGGGAUGGACUCGCUUCAAGUCUUUCCGGAGAGUAAACAAAAUGCGGAGCAACGGAAGGGCCGAGCGGGACGAACGCAGAGUGGGGUGUGUUAUCGGAUGUUUACUGAGUCGACGUAUAACCGUGAUUUGCUUGACGCGCCGAUACCUGAGAUUCAGCGGACGAAUCUGAGUAACACCAUUUUGUUGUUAAAAGCGAUUGGGAUAGAGAAGGUCAUAGACUUUGAGAUGUUAGACCCCCCGAGUGAAGAGUCAGUGAUGAACUCGAUGUAUGAGUUAUGGGUGUUAGGUGCAUUAAAUGAAAGUGGUGCACUGACGCAAUUGGGGAAGAAGAUGUCUGAGUUUCCAUUAGAACCAGCACUAGGGAAGUUAUUAAUAACAUCAGAAGAGUACAAUUGUAGUGAAGAGGCAUUGACUAUUGCAGCUAUGCUGACAGUACCAAACGUCUUUGUAAGACCUAAAGAAAGAGAAGAAGAGGCGGACGCCGCAAGAGAAAAGUUCUAUCAGCCGGACUCUGAUCAUAUCACGUUGGUCCAUGUCUACAAUCAAUGGAAGAAGCAUGAGGGAGACAAACGAUGGUGUGAAAGUAACUUUGUGAAUAUGAAGGGGAUGAACAAAGCAAAAGACGUGAGGACGCAACUUGCGGAUAUGCUUAGAAAGUGUGGAGGGAAAGAAGUGUCAUGUGGGAGAGAGUUGGAGAAGUUGAGGAAGUGUAUCACAGCGUGCUACUUCUAUAACGCAGCAAAGAUCAAAGGACAAAGUUAUGCAAAUUUAAGAACUGGUGUUAAUUGUGUCUUACACCCUACAUCGGCAUUGUUUAAUAUGGGAGUUAAACCUAACUAUGUGAUUUACCAUGAACUACUUCUCACUUCGAAUUCAUAUAUGAGAUGCGUCACAGCUAUUGAGGGAAAGUGGCUUGCUGAGUUGGGAGAAGUCUUUUUCCAGCAAAUCAAUUUGAAAAAGUCUACAAAAUAA